AUGAAUCUCAACUGUAGUGCCAAAAUGGUUAAAUACCUCAUGAUUAGUUUUAAUUUAUUUUUUGUGAUAACUGGUAUAAUCUUACUAGGCAUUGGAGUUACUGUGAAAACAGCAUACAGCCAGUACCAUACAUUUUUGGACGACAAGUAUUUUUCCCUUCCUAACAUGCUAAUAGCCACAGGCGCAAUCAUAUUUUUUGUUUCAUUCUGCGGAUGCUGUGGCGCAUUAAAGGAAAGCUGGCUUCUUACCGGAAUCUUUGCCAUACUUCUGAUAGUCAUAUUUAUUUUUGAACUUUCAAUUGGUAUCGCUGGAUUCGCAUUGAAAAAUAGAACUUACGAUUAUUUGGAAAAGGAAUUAAUGUCAAACAUGAAUUAUUACAACCAAAGUGAAAAAUUUGUAAAGAAAAUGUGGGACACUGUACAAGAUGACUUUAAAUGUUGCGGUGUAAAUAAUUAUUCUGAUUGGAAAAAUGUUUUUCCGUAUGGCGACCUACCCAUAUCCUGCUGUCCACGUACUUCGGCUGUGGGAGUUUUUUAUUGCAACAGUAAUCUGCAUAUGACUACUCUUUCAAGAACUGCAAGACAAGCGCCUCCAGCAUUACCUGUUGUCUCUCCACAUCCAGAGAUUUCAGAACCUAAUCCAACCACAGUACCAAUUUUUAAAAAAAACGAGACAACCACUGAAUUAGGUGCCACAGGCAUACCAUUCUUUUCAACCACACAUCCCUAUAAACAAGGUUGUGCACCAGCAUUCAGCUCGUACAUAAAAGAGCAUGCAUCUGACUUGGCUGCUGUUGGAAUUGUUUUGGCCCUGAUUCAGAUUCUUGGCAUUGCUUUUGCAUUUUACCUAACAAAGAAACUAAGAAAUGGUUACUACAGUGCAUAA